GAAGCUCACUUUACUGUGUGGGCUGGGUUGCCGCUGCUACUUCGUACGUGCAGUCCGCACAUGUUGUUGUGGAGGACGAGUACAGAGCACUCGAGGAGGAACAUAAAGCCAGCAGCGGAGUGCAGGACUGUUUACAGCAUUUGUCGACCAGGGUUAACAAGCAUCACCACCACCACCACAAGGGGACAGAGAGUGACAGCUGCUACACCAAAAGAUACCGCCAAGUCAACGGCAAAAAGGUUACUAAAACGAAAGGGAAAACGCUUCUUUGUACACGCGCGGCAUGAGUUCUUUCUUUCUGCAUUACUCGGUUGUGUGACAAAAGAAGGUCCUGAGCACGACUCAACAAUCUUGUCAGGAUGGCCGAGGACGAGCUUAUGUUUACAAUGGAGGAGGUGGUGGGCAACCCCUCGAAAGGUGGCAAGAGCAAGAAGCAACAGAGGUCCAUCUCAUUCGCUGUCCCCAACUCCAAAGACAGCGAUGACGAAGAUGAUGAUUACUACAUGGGCCUAUGCCCCAUCACUGACGACCCCCUCACCCCCACCAAAGAGAUCUGUGACUACCUGCAGAACCUGGUGGUUAACAAGCAGCUGUCAAACUCCUUGCCCAAGAAUAAUUUUGCCUACAGGAGCCCAAAGGAGAAUGCAUCUGACGAUCGGGCAGUCAGGUUUGGGUCGUUGACUGAGAGAGGUCGGGCGGCGUGGAAGCAUGCUAUCGAGAAGGCCAAGGCCAUGCCAGACCCCUGGGCUGAGUUUCACCUGGAGGAGGUGCAGACAGAACCCUGCAUCCGAUACAGGUACAAUGCUGUCACAGCCGAGUGGGCACAGGACCCUGUGUUCAUCAAGAUGUCUGGCCAGCCGUUUGGAAGAGGAGCCAUGAGGGAAUGCUACAGAACGAAGAAGCUGUCCAACUUCUCCCACAGUAGCAAAUGGACGUCGGCCUCCAACUAUGUGGCCAAGCGCUACAUGGAGCCGGUGGACCGCGACGUCUACUUUGAGGACGUACGGCUGCAGAUGGACGCCAAGCUGUGGGGCGAGGAGUUCAACCGACACAGACCACCUAAACAGGUGGACAUCAUGCAGAUGUGUAUCAUUGAGAUGACGGAUCGUCCCGGUAAGCCCUUAUUCCACCUGGAACAUUACAUCGAGGGCAAGUACAUCAAGUACAACUCCAACUCGGGCUUCGUACGUGACGAGAACAUUCGCCUCACGCCACAGGCUUUCAGCCACUUCACGUUUGAGCGCUCCGGCCACCAGCUGAUCGUGGUGGAUAUUCAGGGCGUAGGGGACCUCUACACAGACCCCCAGAUCCACACGUCACUCGGCACUGACUUCGGUGACGGGAACUUGGGAGUCCGCGGCAUGGCCCUGUUCUUCCAUUCUCACCAGUGCAACUCCAUCUGUGAAACCAUGCAACUCUCCGCCUUCGACCUGUCCCCUGCUGAGAAGCAACAGCUGGACAGCACUAACCGAAUGCUGCAGUCGGCCCAGACGGUUUUGCGUGGCUAUGAGGAGAUCUGCGGGUCUCCACGCGUCAGGACCAGCUCCUUCAACCGCGCGCCACCCCGGCUCUCCCGCUUCUCCGAGACCUCCUCGGUGGACGAGAGCAUGAGCGACGGCGGCGACUCCACCCCUUGCUCUCCCCUCACCAUGUUCCCCUUCGACAGCAAGGCGCUCCACGGCUCACCAAAUGCAAAUGAGGUCAAUGAUGCUGAUCAGAAGGACUCCGAAAAUGGAGGUGACAGCGGCUGCCCUAGUGAGAGGAGGAGUGAUGGGGACCCAGCAGAACACCACCACGACAGGGGUCGCCCCAACUACUUCAGGCAUUACUCUGAAUCGGAUGAGGACAGUGUCCGUCGGCUGACAGAGGAGAAAUGGAGUUUCUACCACUCGUCGCGCUCGCACAUCCACAGACCCUCCUGCGUGGCCGUGGAGGUGGAGAGGCUCAACUCACUCUUAAUGGAGAAAAAGAUCGGCAAAUCUAUUCUGGGCAAGGUGCACCUGGCGAUGGUGCAUUACCACGAGGCGGGGCGCUUCUGCGAGAAGGACCAGGAGUGGGACCGCGACUCGGCCCUGUACCACCUGGAGCGGGCAGCUAUGUGUGGGGAGCUGGAAGCCAUCGUGGCCCUGGGCCAGUGCUACCUCCAGCUGCCCCAUAACGUCCUCCCCGACAUGGAACUGGAGGACUCUGAGGAGAACAGGGAGAAGGGCUUUGAGUACCUUCUUGACGCCGCCGAGGCUGGAGACAGACCCAGCAUGAUCCUGGUCGCCAGGGCUUUCGACAAAGGUCACAACCUUCCAUCCGACAGGAAGCAGGACUGGCAGGAGGCCAUCCACUGGUACGACACGGCGCUCAACAUGACGGACUAUGACGAGGGCGGCGAGUACGACGGUAUGCAAGACGAGCCCCGCUACCUCCUGCUGGCCCGGGAGGCCGAGAUGUACCAGGAAGGAGGCUUCGACCUGGACGCAGACCCACAGCGAGCCGGGGACCUCUUCACAGAAGCAGCGGACGCAGCUAUGGAGGCCAUGAAGGGUCGCCUUGCCAACCAAUACUACAUGAAGGCUGAGGAGGCUUGGGCGUUAAUGGAGGAAUGAGAAUAGACAAGCCCCUUCAGUUUCAUGAUGGGUCUUCGUUUAAAAACAAAAACAAAUAACACAACCUCCUUGGCGGAGGUAACAAACAAAACAAAAAAAACAUGUUUACAAGCAGUUAGUUUAUCUGUGUGCUGGUUGCUUUCUCUACUGCUAUGACUGGUGCUUUCUCUCUCUCUCUCUCUCUCUCUUGCUUUCCCUCUCUGUUUUGCUUUCCCUCUCUGUUUUUUUAUUUGUAUUUCUCUGUUUGUCUGUCUGUCUCUCUCUCAAUUUAUGUCUUUAUCUCCCUUUGUACUCUUUCUCUAUUGCCUUUUUCAGGCACCACUAUUCCCCAACAACAUACAGUUGUGUCUGGGAGUGCUGGUUGCCGAGGAGUUUUCAGGAUCAAAAUGUUUACUUGGACUUUCCCUAAUUUUGUAUAGUUGUAUAGAAUGCCUUGUGCUUGGAAGAACAUGGAGGGUCUUGCCACGUCUGCAUGAAUGCCUGUAUGAUGUGAACGAGACUAUUAAGAUGCAUGGAAUGUGCUGUCUUUCUGCCAACAAGGGAAUAAAGUCAAUAUUUUUAA